AUGCUCAGCAAUACGUCACGCGCUGGCUGACCUGAUAGCGAUUCUAUAGAGUCAUUUAAACCGGAAGUGACCUUUCUGGGACCGGAAAAGGGAAAGGAGGACCUGUUGCCUUUUCUGAUGCUGGAGUGAGAAGCGGUGACCUUUCCUGCAAGGAGCUGAGCGGGUGCGUAGUAGAGGGAAUGUGGUUGGAAAGGGUUCUAUCACGCCGGCCUUUAUACUCUCAGGAUUCAGAAGUCCACUGUUAAGGGUCCUCGAUCUCUCUCUACUCCGGUGUAAACAGCACCCACUAGAACAGACAUAGGCAAACUCUGGCCCUCCAGAUAUUUGGGACUACAAUUCUCAUCAUCCCUGACCACUGGUCCUGUCAGCUAGGGAUGAUGGGAAUUGUAGUCCCAAACAUUUGGCGGGCCGGGUGCCUGCACUAGAAGCUUCCUGGAACCAUGAGUCCGUCUAGCUCAGUCUUGUUUCCCCAACCUUACCCAAUUUUUGGUCCCCACACGUUGUUGGACUACAGUUCCCAUCAUCCCUGACCAUUGGGAGUUGUAGUCCAACAUCACCUUGGGGCCCAAGAUUGGGAAAGGCUGUUCUACACAGAUGUUACUGGACAAGCAGGGCAACUUCCCCCACCAAGGUGCAUCCUGGGCCUUCAUUAUAUAGCUUCUGGUGAAUGCUGGAAAAAAUGCACCUCUUUACCCUGGCUUUUGACACUUGAUGUGUAUAUUUUUUUAGGGCCCACCCUAUUUCUGGAAUUUUAAAGUUGUUUUUAAUGUUAUGUAAUGUUGUGUUUUUAAUGUUACUAGUGUGUUUUAAGAAUUGUAACCUGCCCUGGGACCUUAGGGUGAAGAAUAGGUAAUCAAUUGCAGGAAUAAUAAUAAAAACUGCAACUCCCAUUGUCCUUGACCCUUAGCCUUGCUGGUGGGAGUUGUAGCACAACCACAUUUGGAGGGCAAGAGAUUCCCCAUUCCUGGUCCAUGUGGUUCUGAGAUGCUAACCUCUUUUUGUCAUGCAGAUGUAGUCAAAGGUUGAUACUUGGUCUUGCUUCACCCUGUAUUGAAAGUGAGUCACUGGAAAACUCCCUUAAACAACCCCCUAUGCAAAGUUAAAAUGUUGGGAGAAUGCACUCCACUUCAGCAGUGUUUUGCUAAUCCUAUACUUUUCUGUCAUUCCUGUUUCCUUUUGCAGAACAGCCUGCCAAGAUGGGUAUUCACUUUGGAAACUUGGAGAGAGUAAGGCAUGUGAUCACCUACAGCUUGUCUCCAUUUGAACAAAGAGCUUUCCCACACUUCUUCUCCAAAGGAAUUCUUAAUGUCUGGAGGCGGUUCAGUACACAGGUCUUCCGGGUGGUGCCUCGUAAGUUUAAAAUUAUUUAGGCUGCUCCUUCUGCUUCUUGCUUGUGUGCGCUGUGUUACCCUUGAGGGCUGGUUCUUUCUCCAGGAUUAGUGCAUUGAUGUUCAAAGUGAAGAUCAAAGGAAGUACUUAGGAUGUUGGUUUCAGAAGAAGGCAAUCUCUGGAGCAACAUAUGGCAUGGGGGGGGGUAGCAGUUUCUUCAUUGCCAUCAUAUUGCCAUGAGGGCGUUGAGCAGAUUAGAUGAACUUCAUUAUUGUUAUUAUUUAUUUCAUUUAUGAAUAGCUUCCUAUGAAUUAACUUGAAGUUACUUUGGAAACUUAAGUUGUUCCAGAAUGCAGCAGCCAGAUUAUCAGAUGAAGUACUGUUUAGAUCUCACAUAGCCCAGUUUUAAAACUGUGGUAUUUUCUUCUCCCCAACCUCCCGCCAUGAGAGUUCUUCCCUUCCCUGCCUCCCAAAAAGGGUUUUUCAUCCACUGUCCAUCACGAAAAGUGAUGGAUCUGCAUGCUAACCCCUUCUUAACCCUGAGUAGAGGGCCACAAAAGAACAGAGCAAAGCAGAAACAAAAAGAAAGUAGAAAAGAAAAAGAAAGGAUAACAAAGGGAUAAGAAUAUUAAAGGACUAAUACUGUAUACUAAUAAGGGAAGUAAAGAAAUAGGUUAAAAGGACUUCCAACUAUCCAUCUGUCGGUUAUAUAUAUUAGAGUUCUUCAAAAUAGUCAAGUGUUCAAUCCAGGAUAGUAUCCAGCUGGAUUAUAAAUUGUUUUAAUUGUUGUAACACAUCCUGGGAUCUUGGGUUGAAGGGCAGGUAAUUAAUAAAAUUAAAAACCCAGAAUUUAAAGAACCCAGAAUUUCAGAUCAAAUGCAGAUAGCAACUGGGGUAAAAAAUUCCCCUUAUAAGGCUUCUUGAAAUAGAGAAGUUUUCAGCAGGCACUGAAAAAACAAUAGAGAUGAUGCUUGUCUUACAUGUAGGUGGGGGGAGUUCCCAGUUCUGGCAUUGCGCAGGCAGACCUGCUGAUGAGAUGGUUAUCUUCAGAAGGCCCUCUCCUGUAGAACACAGUGACUGGCUGGGUAUCUAGGGGAUGAACCACUCUUUUACCUAUCCUGGUUCUGAGCCAUACAGGGUUUUGUGCCAACACCUUGAACUUAGCCUGGUGGCUAUUGGGCAGCCUGUGCCAAUUUAUGAAAGACAGUUCUCUUUGCUCUACAUUGGAAGCACUAGAUGGAGCAAGAGAGCAGAGCAAGGUGACAAUCUCCUUUAGUCAGUACACAGUGGCAAUAACAGUCUACUCUCCCACGUGUUCCGGAAUUAUAAUCUCCUUAGUGUAAUUACAAAAUCUCGUUAGCAAUUAGUCAUCUUUAGCCUCAGUGACAAUGAUAGUUAGCAUUUAAGUAGUGCAUUUCAAUAGUUCAACGAAUUCAUAUGCUGUUGCAGCCAUUGACAGCAGUUUAUGAAGUCCUGAGGUCUUCGGGUUUUAUAUUAGUGCUAGCAGCCUCUUGCAUAGUGUUACCUUCUCCCGCUGUACUCUCUUCAAUCCUGAGAUGACCUGUUCAGGCUCUGAAGUGGGUCCCUGUAAGGGCCAGCUUCCAAGCCCCUGCUCCAUCUGUGUAUCUUUUAAAUUGUCUAGUGGCUCGGACUGUCAUCUCAGCAUGAUGACCAACCACUAAAAAUGCUACAGAGAGAAAAACUACUCUCUCUUUCUCUGUAUAUAUAUAUAUAUUCACAAAGUGGAAUGCAACAGCAAAGACAACCAGUCUGAAUACCAUUUAAAAGAAUUAAAUAUGAUACAACCACACUUCAUUAUAUUUUUAAAACACUGGGUUGCAUCCAACUAACACAUACUUGGAGUAGUAGACCCACGGAAAUCAAUGAACUUGGCUGCUAUAAGUGAGUUGGUUAAAAUCACAUUUUGUGGUGAUCUUAAAGAAUCAGCACCAAAAAAAAAAAAAAAAGAACUAGUACUGCACAAGCUCAGCAUUCUGUCGGCAGCUUAGAACAUCAUCACUGCAGCCCAAUUUACACAAGCCACUGAAAGCUACAAAGAAAAAAUAAUAAAGUCUUCAACGUUCCCCUAAAAAUAUUGAUAUCAAAAUGUUACUCGUAAGCAGCUAAUUUUAUGGGAAGGCCAGUUUGGCAGGGACCAAUGGAAGGAGGCGAUGAUGGUGGACUUAUUUAAAAGUACAGUAUUUUGGAUUACAGGUUAUAGCAAACAAUUCAGUGAAAAGAUGGAUCCAGCCUUGGUAGUUUAUGCAGGGGUGGGAAAGCUUGGAGCUGAGAGGCAAAUGAAGCCUUUCAAGCACUCUCUGGCCUUUGGGACUCUCCAGACUGCUCUCCUCCUGGCUCUGCUUUGCACCCUCCUUGACUGGUUCUCCCUGGCUUGGAUUAUAUCCUUGAAUUCUGACAACACUUCUUGCAUGUCAGGAUGGAGGACAGAGAGGGUGUGCGUGCGCUCGUUUAGAAACUAAUCUAGUAUACAGAGGCAAAUGUUUACAUUCAUUGCUCCACCCACUUUUGCCUCUGAUUCCACCCACCACUGGUGUGUGGCCCCCAGAAGGGAAUUCAGCUGAAAAAGAUUCCACACCCCUGUGUUUAUGUAUUAGCCUGGUAGCCAUAGGCAACAAGUAAUUCUGUGCAGGCGAGAGAGUGGGCUUGCAGAGUGGGGACAGAUUCUAUUCCUUCUCUGUGCGCAGAAUUGAAACUAAGUGGGCUGCCAUAAAAGAGAAACCUCCUCUCUGCAGCAUAAAAAAUUACUAGGCUCCUCCAACUUGUUGUUAUUGUUAUUCUUUUUUCUUUUCUACUUUUUUGUAUCUAACUCAUUUGUAACUGAAAAUCAAUAAAACACUUUUAAAAAAGAAAUGUACCAUGUUCUUGCAAGAGUGAAAAAACUCUGCGAACCCCCAGCACACACACACACACACACACACACACACACACACACACACAUAUAUUGCAGGUUAGUAACAUUUUAGGGUUUAGUGGUAAGGGAUGAAGAGCUGUAAUCCAACUACAUUUGGAGAACACCACAUUGGCUACUCAUGUGUUAAUACAGAAGUUUAUUUGCUUCCAUUGCAGUACUUUUCUUGAAAAACUCAUCAAUGCAGAAGAAAAUGGCAACAAACAAACUGGCAUCUUAAAAAACAACACUAUUCUUCUUUCUUAAAAUUUUUUAUUGGAAAUGACUUUCUCUUUAGUGAAAGAGGGGGAUAGAAAUAAAAAGACAGAUGGGGCUAGGCCACACAAAUAUAUAUAGAGAGCUAACAGUGCAUCUUUAAGGAAAUGAGGAAUGUCAGAGCACUUGCCAUAUCCUGGGCUGUCAUGAUUAUAAAACUCCUACUUGUACAUGUUAUUAAGCAGGAGUGGAGCAGCCUCUUGCACUCCAGAUCUUGCUGGACUACAAUUCCCAUAAUUCCUGACCACUGGCCAUGCUUUCCAGGGUGUAUGGGAGUUGGUGUCCAACAUCUGGAGAGCCACAGGUUCUCCAUCCCUUUUAUAAAAGAUGGUACUGCAUUCCCAACUAUUUGCUGGGAUGGUACUUCAUAGCAGAAGAACAUGUUUUUUUAUAUAUAUAUAAAAUAUUUAUUGAGAUUUUCAGAAUGUUAUAAGAUAAAAAUAAAAAAAGAAGAAAAUACAAAAUAAAAAUAGUUAACAAAGCAGACAAAGAGAAAAACAAACCACGUCCAGCAAUACGAAUACAAAUUCAAAAUAAGAAAAAAAAACAGAAAAAAACAAAAAUACACCACAAACAUUUGAGUACAUUUAAAAACAAAUUCAUUAUUCUCAAAUCCUCAACUGUCUUUACCUUCUUUCUUUGACCUCCUCCUCCUCCCUUUCUUUGUAUCCUAGUUAUUAAUUAUCCCAGCAAAUCCUUUCCAUAUUUCAUAAUAUUCUGUCAUUACAUUACCUUAAAUUGUUUUCAUCUUAUCUUUCUAUAAAAAAACACCUUGAAACUUAAAGCUUAAAUCUUAUCCUUACCAACUUCUCAUAACCAUAAUAUUCUUUCAUAAUUCUUUAAGCAUCUUUACUAAAGCCGAGUAAUUUCAUUCCAACAUUUUUCUAACAUUCAUCAAUUUUAUAAAACAGUCCUAAUAGUAAAAAAAAAAGAAAUACAAACAAAUCCAAUCUUCAUCCAGCGUCCCUUCCUCCUGGUCCCGGGUUUUGUCAGUCCUUGUUAUCCCAUCGAUCUAGCGCAUUAAUCUGGCAACCUUAUAUCCGAGGCCCUCAAGUCUCUUCCAUGUCCCUUCCGCAGCUCUUCUUCAUAUUUGUAACUGUAUUUUCCCUUGUCUCCUGCUCGUGGAAACUCCAGCUUGGCAAUAUUUUUGACCCUUCUCGACAGAUCAGCCCCUUUUCCAUAUUCAACACUAAAUUCCAUGUGAUAUUUAAAAACAUGUUUCAAAAACCCUCCAAAAUUAAGAGCCCCCACAAUCCCAAACAUCUCACGGCCCAUUGCCAGAUUUGAAAAGUCCAAACAUCCCAGCAUAGGGGGGUCAAUCCAGCCCCCCAUUUCCAAGCCAAACCAAACUUUUCUUUCCAAAUCUGGCUUUUUCCAAGUUCAUUUGUCAAAUCCGCAAGCUCAUAUUCCUGUUGGGCCUGUUCUGUCAGGACACACUCCUGAUUUAAUUCCUGGGUGGGCUCCACAUAUUUUCCCACUAUCUGUUCAAAAUUUCCCACUGCCUGUUCAAAAUUUCUAGUCGAAGUCGCCAUCAAAUUCAUCUUCUCAUGUAACUGUUCCAGUAGGGCAUUUGUUUUAUAGAAAGCACACAACAGAGCUUCUGAAUACAUUGUCUUGCAAGGUCAAAUGUCUAUUCCCACGAUUGUAAUCUGUAACAGCUGCCGGCUCCCUGGAAUUGGUUACAGUUUCACAGUCUCCCUCUAGGGGGAAAACUUCUAUUUGUUCUUGCAACAAAGUUUUCCUUUUUGAGAUAUUUUGUCAAUAUUUGUUCCUUCAAAAUGCGAAGGGAAACAGUGGAAUCACUAUGUUUCUCUUCUUUUAGCUAUCUGUCAAAAGCGUUUGUCUCUGGUCAAUGAGCUUCAAACGUCAGUCCUGACACCCCGCUCCAGGAUCAGGACGGUGGAAAGUUACUUUACUUUAAACUCACUUUAAACAGUCCGAAAAAGAUCCCCCUUCUUCUCCUGCUGUCAAAGAGGGGUUCCACAAUUUUAAAUGAUGAAAUCCAAUCUUUUAAAAGCGAUUUUCUGAGCUCUAGUUUACGUUGUCUUUGCUUUAUUCUGUCUACAAAAGAACGGAAGGCUGACUUCCUGUUUAGACCUUCCCGUUCAGUACCAAAUUGAAAUAAAUUUUUAAAUCCAAUUCCUUUCUGCUCGCAAGUCCUUAUUUAAGGUCCAGUUGUUCAAAGUUUAAGUACUCACGGGUGCUUAUUUUAGAGUCCAAAUUGUCCCAGGAAAAAGGCAGCGCUCUCCGGCAAUGGCUAUGCGGCUUCGCUCCACGGAAAUAGCAGUUGACUCUCAGCACCGCGCCACUUCCCCCUCUUCACUUCGGAGCCCGUUAGUGGGUUCCUUUGAGAGUUCGGGGGGGCACUAAUGGUGCCCGCCGAGUCCCAUGGUCACAGGCUUCAUCCGCCUGUGAUUUUUAAAAGGGUCCCUGCUUCGCCGUUGCGGAGAAGACCCGUUUCACGCGGAGCUAGUCCCUCCAGUUCAGAGGGAGUCCGCCAUUGCCGAUGGCGCCACCCCGGAAGUCGCCAUAGCAGAAGAACAUGUUAUUAUUUUAGUAACAUGUAUUUAGCCUUUGUUACAGUAGACUAUGGGAACUUAAGGGCUGUGCCAAUAGGGUGAUAAAUAAGUGGUUUUGAUAAGGGUUAUGAAGGAUGUAAGAGAGAAAGAUACCACUCAGGUGAUUUGGGACGCAAUUCCAGGUAUAAGGGACAGCAAGGGAGACAGGGCAGAGUCAUGUGCAAGGGAGCAAGAAGACCUUUGGGGCCACUGAGAACGGUGGAACUGGAAGAACAGAAGUCUUGGUUGCUUUUAUUGUAGUUGUAAAGCUAACUGUGUUUCUUUUUUAACCUCCUAAGCCUUUGUCGCGGCCUAUGUCAUCUAUUCCUGGGGAACGGAAGAAUUUGAACGUCUUAAAAGGAAGAACCCAGCUGACUAUGAGAAUGAUGAAUAA